AUGUCUCGCCAAAUGACGACUUCCGCUUUUCACAAUUCCAAAACCCUCGACAAUAAAUAUAUGCUUGGAGAUGAGAUAGGGAAAGGUGCAUAUGGAAGAGUAUACAAGGGUUUGGAUUUGCAAAAUGGGGACUUUGUUGCAAUCAAGCAAGUCUCUCUUGAGAACAUUGCUCAGGAGGACUUAAACAUUAUUAUGCAAGAGAUUGAUUUGCUCAAGAAUUUAAAUCACAAAAAUAUUGUGAAAUAUCUUGGAUCUUUGAAGACAAAGACUCACCUUCAUAUAAUUCUCGAAUACGUGGAGAAUGGAUCACUCGCUAAUAUUAUCAAGCCCAAUAAAUUUGGCCCUUUUCCGGAGUCCUUGGUGGCCGUAUACAUAGCCCAGGUACUUGAAGGUCUGGUGUAUCUACAUGAACAAGGUGUCAUUCAUCGAGAUAUCAAAGGGGCAAAUAUUUUGACAACAAAAGAGGGACUUGUGAAACUUGCAGAUUUCGGGGUUGCUACAAAACUGACUGAGGCAGAUGUGAAUACACAUUCAGUUGUUGGAACACCGUACUGGAUGGCCCCUGAGGUCAUUGAAAUGUCGGGGGUUUGUGCUGCAUCUGACAUUUGGAGUGUUGGUUGCACGGUGAUUGAGCUUCUCACAUGUGUACCACCUUACUAUGAUCUCCAGCCAAUGCCCGCUCUCUUUCGGAUUGUGCAGGAUGAGCAUCCUCCAAUUCCCGAUAGUCUAUCUCCUGCUAUUACUGAUUUCUUGCGUCAGUGCUUUAAGAAGGAUGCUAGGCACAGGCCAGAUGCAAAGACAUUACUUUCACAUCCUUGGAUACAGAACUCAAGACGGGCUUUGCAGACCUCUCUCCGCCAUAGUGGAACACUAAAAAACAUCGACGAAGUUGCAUCUGGUGAUGCAGAAAGAUUAAACAAAGAUGGGCAAGGGGAUAAAAUUGAAACUUCUUCUGAGAAAGAAUCCAAAGCAGCUUUACUAUCAAAGGUUACUUCAGGGACCAGCAAGUCUCUUGAGGAGGAUAAUCCUACUGUUGAUCUUGUUGAGGAAAAAAUUCGUAACUUUGAGGAUGAGAUGACAUCAGAUCAAAUUCCCACAUUUGCUCUCUAUGAAAACUCUCAAACACAAAGUUCCGUUAGACUUGGGGAUAAUAGCGAGGCAUCAGUCUCCAAUUUGUUGGAAUAUGAGUCGUCCAACUUAGAUCAACAGAACAGAGCAAUGGUAAAUGGUGAGCUGGAAUCUCCCAAGUCUAGAAGGAAAAUUGCUGUAGCUAGAAAAGAUGAAGGAAGGGGCAGUUCUGUUCCUGUCGAGCAAUUUGAUUUUGGGCCAAGGAGCCAAGAUUAUGGCCCUCAGAAGGCUAUGAAGUCAUCAACAGUUUCAAGUGGAAAUGAGCUGAGUAGAUUUAGUGACACUCCUCGUGAUGCUUCUUUAGAUGACUUAUUUCCACCGGAGGAUAGGGUAGGUAAAGCCUCUACUUCUGUAACCUCGUCACACGUAAAUGGACGCAAUGCUGCCUCUGACAGCGGAAAUAGUGAUCUGGCGACAAAGUUAAGAGCAACGAUUGCUCAAAAGCAAAUGGAGAAUGAAUCAACACGGGCAAAUGGUGGUGACUUACUUCGUAUAAUGAUGGAUGUUUUAAAUGAAGAUGCAAUUGAUAUCGAUGCUUUGGGGUUUGAUGAUAAAUUGCCUGCAGAAAAUCUCUUUCACCUUCAGGCUGUUGAAUUUAGCAAAUUAGUGUCAUCAUUGAGACCAGAUGAACGAGAAGAUGUCAUUGUAUCUUCUUGUCAAAAGUUGACUGCUUUCUUUCAGCAACGGCCGGAGCAGAAAAUUGUUUUCAUCACGCAACAUGGUUUGCUUCCUCUAAUGGAAUUACUUGAGGUUCCACAAACUCGUGUCAUUUGUUCAGUGCUGCAAGUUCUGAACCAGAUAAUCAAAGAUAAUACCGACUUUCUGGAGAAUGCUUGUCUUGUCGGUCUAAUCCCUGUUGUGAUGAGCUUUGCCAUGCCUGACCGUCCCCGGGAGGUUCGCAUGGAAGCAGCUUUCUUUUUGCAGCAGCUCUGCCAAUCAAGCUCAUUGACAUUGCAGAUGUUUAUCGCUUGUCGUGGCAUACCAAUCCUGGUGGGCUUUCUGGAGGCUGAUUCUGCAAAGUACAGGGAAAUGGUUCAUAUUGCUAUUGAUGGCAUGUGGCAGAUUUUCAAGCUUCAGAGGUCCACCUCAAGAAAUGACUUCUGUCGUAUUGCUGCCAAGAAUGGGAUAUUACUUAGACUUAUCAAUACUCUUUAUAGCUUGAACGAGGCAACACGUAUGGCUUCCAUAGCUGGUGGUGGUGGGUUCCCUGCAGAUGGGCUAGUACCACGACCACGAUCUGGUCCUCUUGAUUCUAGCAGUCCUUCCUUUGUGCAGACGGAUACACCAUUUUACGGAAUUGACCGGCCCGAUCAUCUUAAAAUGAAACGAGAUCAUGUAUCACUACCAGGAGUGCAAGAACCUUCACGAACAUCAGUAUCACAUUCACCUGAUUCACGAUUCUUUGCUCCAGAUGCUGAUAGACCUCAGUCAAAUAUUGCUAAUGUGGAGGCUUCUGGUGCUUCAAAAUUACCAGAUUCUGCAGCUACUGCUACUCAACAAGAGAAUGUUCGACCGCUUCUCAGUUUGUUGGAUAAGGAGCCUCCAUCACGCCAUUUCUCCGGUCAGCUUGAGUAUGUACGUCAUCUUACUGGGUUGGAGAAGCAUGAAUCUAUACUACCUCUUUUACAUGCAUCUGGUGACAAGAAAACAAAUGGGCUGGACUUUUUGAUGGCUGAAUUUGCAGAGGUAUCUGGGCGAGGGAGGGAAAACUCUAACAUGGAGUCAUUACCUAGAAGUUCACCUAAAACUGCGAAUAAGAAGUUGGGAUCCCUGACAUCUAAUGGCGGAAUUGCUUCCACAUCUGGACUUGCAUCUCAGACAGCAUCAGGUGUGUUGUCUGGUUCUGGAGUUUUAAAUGCUAGACCAGGAAGUGCAACGUCAUCUGGGUUACUAUCCCACAUGGUAUCAUCUUGGAAUGUUGAUGUAGCUCGGGAAUAUCUGGAAAAGAUGUUCAAUAAGAUAGAGCCUCCAAUUCUUUUAAAGUUGUUGAAGUGUAUUCAUCAUCUGUCCACUGAUCCUCAUUGCUUAGAAAAUCUUCAACGAGCAGAUGCAAUAAAGUAUUUGAUCCCUAACCUCGAUCUCAAAGAGGGUGACCUUGUAUCCCAAAUACAUCAUGAGGUUCUCCAUGCAUUGUUCAAUUUGUGCAAGAUUAACAAGCGGAGACAGGAACAAGCAGCUGAAAAUGGAAUUAUUCCACACUUGAUGCAAUUUAUCAUGUCAGAUUCUCCAUUGAAACAAUAUGCAUUACCGCUGCUAUGUGAUAUGGCCCAUGCGUCACGUAAUUCAAGGGAGCAAUUACGGGCUCAUGGAGGACUUGAUGUGUACCUUAGCCUUCUUGUAGACGAGUUUUGGUCUGUGACGGCAUUAGAUUCAAUAGCUGUAUGCUUGGCCCAUGACAAUGAGAACAAGAAAGUGGAGCAAGCUUUGUCGAAAAAGGAUGCCGUACAGAAACUGGUUAAGUUCUUCCAGUGCUGUCCAGAGCAGCACUUCUUGCACAUACUGGAGCCUUUCUUGAAAAUUAUCACGAAAUCAUCUCGAAUAAAUACCACUCUUGCAGUUAACGGUUUGACGCCACUCCUAAUUUCAAGACUUGACCAUCCACAUGCUAUAGCUCGCCUGAAUUUGCUUAAACUAAUUAAGGCUGUUUAUGAGCACCACCCUCGUCCAAAGCAACUGAUCGUAGAGAAUGAUUUACCUCAGAAGCUUCAAAAUUUGAUCGAGGAGCGAAGAGAUGGGCAGAGUUCUGGUGGCCAAGUCCUGGUAAAACAAAUGGCUACUUCAUUACUCAAAGCACUUCAUAUCAACACAGUUUUGUAA